ACUACAACAGAAUAGCAAGCCUACUAUGGAGUUAUCGAUGAAGCUCAUGAUCGACACCAAGUCCCAGAAGGUGUGCUUCGCCGAGGCCGGAAGCGACGUCCUGGAGUUCCUUGCCGGCCUCCUGUACCUGCCGCUGGGCACCGCCCUCGGCCUACUGACCAAGGAGCGCAUGGUUGGCAGCAUCGGCAACGUGCUCGGCAGCGUGGAGAAGCUAGGUGUGAACUACAAGAGCAAGGAGCGGUGCCUUAGCCCGGCCGUCACCGCCGCCACGCUCCCCCUCCUCCAGCAGCUGUUGGGAAUACAACUCAACAACGGUAUUGACACCUUCUACACAUGUGAAGGCCGUAACACUGGCGCCUACUCAGGCGUAGGCACUAGCUGUGGAUAUCUAUCGGUGAUACCUAACAGAAGCUGCCCUACUUGCCGAUGUUAUAUGACCAAGGCUAUGACGCUCGCCGCUGAAACCAACCGGACCUUGGUGGCCGCGGCGCUGCCGACGACCACGCCGCUACCUGUGGCCAUGUACACUGUCGGGGACGACUUGACAGUGACUUCAGCCUCUUUUUUUGCGACGAUCUCGCUGUUGGGCAUCAAGGACCUCAGCGCCUUACAAGAAAAGACAGUGAAGAUCGGCAAGGAAGAGUCACUAGAGAUAUUUGCUGCUUCCCUCAAGUCCAAGACCGUCCUGUCGGAUGUCUUUUUGCCGAAGAAGAAUGCUCGCCUCAAGAGGGAACAUCCUGACGGUGUCAUUCAUGUAUGACUCGGUGCUUGCUAUUUUAGAAUUCUGGAUACCUUUUUCGAUAUCAUAUUUACGAGGAAGGAGAUGUAUUUGAGUGACUUGGUACUAGUUUAACUUACUACCAUAAGUUAUUUAUAAAGUUAACUUCAAAUUUUACUC